AUGGCAGAACAAGAGCGCAACCCACAGUAUGGUGCUGAUGUGGACUGGGACAAACUACGGCAAGUGCUAGAGAGACAAAGACGAGCACGCCGCAUCAUGGACACAGACUUUUCCAAGAGAAUUUACCAGGGAGUCCGGGUCAAACACACCGUGAAAGACCUGCUGGCCGAGAAGCGUUCUCGACAAAACAGUGGACCCCGAUACUCGGCAUUGACCAGGCCGCACCUCUCUCCAGUCCCCGCGCCCAAACCGCCUGGGCGCGGGGACUGGAGUGUUUAG